UUCUCAAAAGCAAAGCCGAAUGACAAGACCAAACCAUUCUUCAUCGUCAGAAACUGAGAGUUGCAGCAAUGAUAACUCGAACACAUCUUCUUCUUCUACUUCUACAGAAACUCGCAGCAAAGCUAAAAGACCCAGGGAAGACAGCAAAUACCCAGUUUACAGGGGAGUGAGAAUGAGGAGUUGGGGCAAAUGGGUGUCGGAAAUCCGUGAACCCCGCAAGAAAUCUCGCAUUUGGCUCGGCACUUUCCCCACCGCAGAAAUGGCGGCUCGUGCUCACGACGUUGCUGCUUUGGCCAUCAAAGGUGAAGCCGCCAUUCUUAACUUCCCGGAUCUUGUGGACUCGCUUCCUCGACCGGUUUCAUUACUGCCCCGUGACAUCCGAGCUGCCGCUGUUAAAGCUGCUUCAAUGGUCAACUCCAACACCCAAUCGUCUUCUUCUUCAUCAUCGUCGUCUUCGGUAUCCGAGUCUUCAUCUCCCUCAGAGUCCAAUGCCUCUGAAGAACCCGAGGAGCUGAGUGAAAUCGUUCAGUUACCCAACAUAGAUGGGAACUUCGACUCCUUGUUUGACUCGCGGAACGAGUUUACACUCCUUGACUCGGUCGAUGGGUGGGUGUAUCCACCACUAGAUUUCUACGGAGGGUUCUCUGAUCAGAUAUGGGUUACAGAGAACCUAACCGCAAGCAGCUUUGGAACUAGUUCCCUUUGGGAAUAAUUCUCUACUUUUUCCCACUGCUUUACUUUAAAAGGGUUACUGU